CCUUGAUGUCAGCAGCAUUUCUGAACGAUGAGCUUCUUGUUUCUUUGAACCGUUUCCCAAGCAGGUAAAGUGUUCGUAGAAAGAUUCGGUUUACGUGACAACUACAUUUUUUGGUGUUUGAAAAGUGCAAGAAAAUGCCAGUGAACAAUAACAACCAGAAAGUAGUACCGAAUGCAGCUGCCCGGCUAGUCAAGCUGCCCGUGGUUCGCUCAGCCUGUGCCACCCUGUCGGUCCUGUACAGAGAUGCUAAAAGCAGCAACCCCAGUCUGAGAUCCAUGUGCGAGGCGCUGGAGAGCGGUGUGACCGCCCUGAGCACCGCGGCCUGUACCAGAGCCUCGCCGGUCAUCGUUAAACUGGAGCCACAGAUCUCCAUUGCAAACAAUUUUGCCUGCAAGGGCCUUGACUGGUUGGAGAUGUCAUUCCCUGUUCUUCUGUCCCCUCCAGAUCAGGUUGUUGCUGCUGCCAAGAGCAAGGUAAACGAGAUUAGAGAUGUGGUGUGCCUUGCUGCCGGUGGGACAGUUGUGACAGUGCAACACACUGUCACAUGGGUGAUCAGCAGACUGCACCAGGCAGACAACAAUGAGAACCAGUCAAUGGUGGAGAGAGCCAUCAGCAUGGCCAGUAUGGGAUUGGACUCAGCUCUGACUAUGUCGGAGGCUUUGGUGGACCAGGUGCUCCCACUGCCAGAAGAGGAGAGAAUAGAAAAAGCAGCCCACUUGGAGGGUUUUGAGGCUUCUGUCCGUUCAGGAAGUUACUCUGGGCGCAUGAUGAAAAUCACUGCCAAAGCGUGUUGGAGGACCUACCGAAUGGUUGGCUCAAAAAUCCACUUUGUUCAGAUCACAAAGAGACCCACCACUCUGGUUCAGGACCUUCAGACGAGCUGUCAGACUCUGGUGUGGAGCCUUCACGGGUUACCCCAAUACUUUCAGCAUCAGGUGGUUUCUGUGUUUCUCUUCUUCAGCCAGAUGUGCAACUUGGGCAGUUCAUCAUCCCAUCAGGAACAUACUCGAGACAGAAGUCACUUCAGUGCUGCUGAAGGUUCACCACUCUCCAAGGAACUGGGCCGCUCACAGAGUACCCCAGCUUUAAUGAGAAUGAGAUCCACCAAGUCAUCUGUGUUUGAGAACGGCUGUAUUGUGAAAGGAUGUGUUCGUCGUUAGUUUUGACUUUUUGAUUCUGGAUUUAAACGAUAUGUCAAUGUAUUAAAAGAUUUGAAGCUUCAUAAAACUUGAUUCUUGUU